UGGGAUUGAACCCUCACAUCACUCAAAGGAUUUAAACCCCAACAACCUCUUGCCACAGCAGCCACACGGUUGCAGCAUCUGCAAGCAUGAUUAAGAAAAUGUCACCAUCCGACAACGAGUUCGACAUACCGGCCAAGAAUUGCCACAGGAUGGUGAUCCUGGGCUCCACCAAAGUUGGGAAGACCGCCAUCAUCUCUCGGUUUCUGAACGAGAGGUUCGAUGAUCAGUACACGCCGACUAUUGAGGAUUUUCACAGGAAAUUCUACAACAUCCGGGGAGAAGUUUACCAGCUGGACAUUUUGGAUACGUCUGGAAAUCACCCCUUCCCUGCAAUGAGGAGGCUUUCAAUUCUUACUGGUGAUGUGUUCAUCUUGGUAUUCAGUCUGGAUAACAGGGAGUCCUUCCAGGAGGUGCAGCGCCUGAAGCGCCAGAUCUACGAGACUAAGUCUUGCCUGCGAAACAAAACCAAGGAGAACGUGGACGUCCCGCUGGUGAUCUGCGGCAACAAGUGCGACAAAGACUUCUACCGUGAGGUGCAGGAGGAGGAGAUCGAGCGGUUGGUGGGGGGAGACGAGCACUGCGCCUACUUAGAAAUCUCGGCGAAGAAGAACACCAACGUGGACCAAAUGUUUCAGACUCUCUUUACAAUGGCAAAGCUGCCCAACGAAAUGAGCCCCGACCGCCACAGCAAAGUGUCCCUACAGUACUGCGACGUCCUCCACAGAAAGUCCUUCAAAAACAAGAAGUGCAAAGACGGGAACGCAUAUGGGAUUGUGGCCCCGUUUGCGCGGAGACCCAGCGUGCACAGUGACUUGAUGUACAUAAAGGAGAAGGCAGUAGGAGGCAGUCAGGCCAAAGAGAAAGGCUGCAUCAUAUGCUGACAGUUGUGUCUGUCAUUGUGCAAGAGACCUUUUUUUUUUUUAAAGACUUGAAAGAGCUGAGACCGAGGCCAGUCAUCCUGAGUACAGAGCUCUAAAGACAACAAACUGUAGCUGUGGGUGCCUGUUGUGACCUGAGCUGAGACAUGUGGGGCAGGUGGCUCAGCUUGCAGGCCUGUCCCUGUGUAUACUGAUGCUCCGAAAAUGCUGUAAAAUCUACAUUAGUUUGCCAAGAGCAGCACUUCAGAAAAGAAUGUUUACAUUUUACAAAUUUUUUCAAACUUGGGAGAUUUGUUGUGUCAUGAACAAAUUUGAAUCUGAAUGUAUAUUUAUUG